CCCUCCUCUCCCGAUGAAAAAAAAAAAAAAAACAUCAUCAUUCACUUAACCUCCCACAUUUUGUCUGAUGUCGUUUGCGAGGACAGCUGAUUGAUGUUUUGCUCUAUGGUUCUCUAAAGUGGCUGGAUGAGUGCGCAAAGUAGCAGUGGAAGUUUGGAGGGGGCGCCAUCUUAGCUCCACCAGCAGCCAGCGGCUCCCCGGCGCCGUAUUCUCACGCACCGCGCGCCGCUCGCGCCAGCCAAAGAAGGUGCUAUGGAGGAGCUGCACAGUUUGGACCCGCGCCGGCAGGAGUUGCUGGAGGCCAGAUUUCUGGGCGGAGUCAGUGGCAACACAGCAGGCAGCACUGGCAGCGCUAGUGGAGGAACCAAAACCUUGACAAACAACGAAUGUUCCAAUCACAGUUUUGGUAGCUUGGGCUCCUCCAGCGAUAAAGAGUCGGAGGGAUCAGAUGGAAAAAGAGGAAGUUCUCCUGCGUAUUCAACUCCUGAAAAGAAGCACUCUGAAUCAUCACGGGGCAGGAAGAGGAAAGCUGACAACCAAUCAGAGAGCAGUCAGGGGAAAUCUGUCAUUCGGGGACCCAAAAUUAGUGAUUAUUUUGAUUUUCAGGGUGGUAAUGGGUCCAGUCCAGUAAGAGGUCUACCACCAGUCAUCCGUUCUCCCCAGAACUCACAUUCCCACUCUGCACCAGGAUCCAGUACCCGGCAGAGCAGCUCGUCUCCCACUAGUCUGUGUUUUGUGGACUCUAUGAUUUCUUCUAGACAGAUGGCGGUCAAGAGUGUUCAGACUGACCUGACUGUGAUAAAACUGGCCACUAUAGAGAGCAAUAAGAACCUGGACCUGGAGAAGAAAGAGGGAAGGAUAGACGAUCUUCUGCGGGCAAACUGUGAUCUUAGGAGACAAAUUGAUGAGCAGCAAAAGCUUCUAGAAAAGUACAAAGAACGUUUAAACAAGUGCAUCACCAUGAGCAAAAAACUUCUCAUUGAGAAGAGCACACAGGAGAAGCAGGCGUGUCGGGAGAAGAGCAUGCAGGAUCGCCUGCGUUUGGGUCAUUUCACCACUGUGAGACACGGAGCCUCGUUUACAGAGCAGUGGACCGACGGCUACGCCUUCCAGAACCUCGUCAAACAGCAGGAAUGGAUCAUUCAACAACGUGAAGAAAUCGAGAGACAGAGGAAACUGUUAGCUAAGAGAAAACCCCCAUCAGCCAGCAGCUCUCAGUCGCCCAGCACCAACUCUGAGCCUAAACAACGCAAGACCAAGGCUGUGAACGGCUCCGAGAACGACCCUUUCCUCAAACCCAGCCUUCCUCAGCUGCUAACUUUAGCUGAGUACCACGAGCAGGAGGAGAUCUUCAAACUGAGACUCGGCCAUCUGAAAAAGGAGGAGGCAGAGAUUCAGGCAGAGCUGGAGAGGUUGGAGAGGGUGCGAAAUCUUCACAUCCGAGAGUUGAAAAGAAUAAACAAUGAAGACAGUUCACAAUUCAAGGACCAUCCCACCCUGAAUGAGCGCUACCUGCUGUUACAUCUGCUGGGCAGGGGGGGCUUCAGCGAGGUCUACAAGGCGUUUGACUUAAUUGAGCAACGCUACGCUGCUGUGAAGAUUCAUCAGCUCAACAAAAACUGGAGAGAGGAGAAGAAAGAAAACUACCACAAACAUGCCUGUCGGGAAUACAGAAUACAUAAACAGUUAGAUCAUCCCAGAAUAGUUAAACUGUACGAUUACUUUUCACUGGACACAGACACGUUUUGUACGGUUUUGGAAUACUGUGAAGGAAAUGAUCUGGAUUUCUACUUGAAGCAGCACAAGCUGAUGUCUGAGAAAGAAGCUCGCUCUAUCGUCAUGCAGAUUGUUAAUGCUUUACGAUACCUGAACGAGAUCAAGCCACCUAUAAUACACUAUGACCUCAAACCCGGGAAUAUUUUACUGGUAGACGGGACUGCAUGCGGAGAGAUAAAGAUCACAGAUUUUGGACUGUCUAAAAUCAUGGACGAUGACAACUACGGAGUAGAUGGAAUGGACCUGACCUCACAAGGAGCAGGCACUUACUGGUACUUACCCCCUGAGUGUUUUGUGGUGGGUAAAGAGCCUCCAAAGAUCUCCAAUAAGGUGGAUGUCUGGUCUGUCGGUGUCAUAUUUUUCCAGUGCCUCUAUGGAAGAAAGCCAUUUGGCCAUAACCAGUCCCAGCAGGACAUCCUACAGGAGAACACCAUCUUGAAAGCCACAGAGGUUCAGUUCCCUUCCAAACCAGUUGCCAGCAAUGAGGCCAAGGCGUUCAUCCGCCGGUGUCUAGCCUACAGGAAGGAGGACCGCUUUGAUGUGCACCAGCUGGGCAGCGACUCCUACCUGCUGCCUCACAUCAGACGGGCCAGCUCUUCUGGAGCACUGGCACCAAACUCCACCUCCUAUUGACAGCUUGCACUGAACACCGACUGAACCUCUCCUUCCCUAGAGGAUAAGAAGCCGGCCUCCUCGGCUCCAGGAACGUUUGCGUUGAAAUUACUGUGCUUUUUUUGCGGCAAUGAGAUUUGGGUUUACUGAGAACGAGAAUGAAGACAAAUAAAGCAUGAAUAUUUAGAAUGUCGCGAUCGAGUCAUCGAAGAAAAAUAAUGCCUUCUGAAGACUCCGGCUACUGUUAAUGCGACUGUUGUCGUUUGGUUUUUUCACACGGUUGCCUCCGCGUUCGAAGAGGAGAGAGACCUGGUAAACCACUAUCAGUUCCCCGCGCUCUCGGCUGGGUUUCCGUAAAUUAAGGAUUUCUUUUGAAGAGCCUCCGUUCAGAGUUACUGUAACCGGCCCGCAAAGGUUUCAUUCUUCACUCUGUAGUAAUGUUAUGUGGUACAGACAAACAGUGUUAGCUUUCCUUGCUUUGUUCAACUAGCUACAAGAAUGUAAUUCUAGUAUACAGAGCGGCUACUGGCACACUAGGCCCAGGCAGCAUACUAAUGUUAAAUGCACAAAAUAACCAAAUGUAGACGAAUGGCAAUGUACAGAAUCCUAUGCAGGGCAAAAUAAAAUAUCCCCUCCGGAGAAUUCGUGUAUAUUUGUUGUACAGGACCUUGAUUUCAGAUAUUAACUUUGAGCAGAUUAAUUCUGUACAGAGGUUUAACAUUUUGCCCUUUUUUCUUUUCUUGUAAAUUUGGUUUCCUGGUGUGCUUUUUUUUUCUGGUUUUUUUUUUUUUUUUUUUUUUUUUGAUUUUUGCUGCUUUGAUGUUGCUCUUUUUCAAACCGCUGUAUAAUGUACUUUGGGUAUAAAUUGUACAGUCCUGUUAAAAGAAAUAAUUGCAAAUAAAAUGCCAGGAAGCUCC